UCUGCAGCACGAGUUUGAUCAGACAUCGAACUUCCGGACACAUAUCGAAUCUAAAACCUUCGGCCCGGUUUAAGGAGGCUCUCAAAGCCGGUCCCCACAUGAAAAUCAAGGAUGUCAGGAGUCGUCCUCGGGGGCCCCACUUUGACUUUCCAGGAAAUGGACGCCUCCUCAACCGCGUAAACUUGGAAGAAGCCAUUCGCCCUUAUGGAAAGGAAAUGACGAACGGAAACAGAGAGACAAAUAAAACCUUCGCCCCUAAGAAUUAGUCCGUCCCAUGCAUUUUCACACGUAUCGGCCUAAUUAUUUCUCUCUCUCUCUCUCUCUCUCUCGUCAUCACAUAAAGGCAGAAACGAAGAUCGGCUCUCUUGUUCUCUUCCUCGUUCUCUCUCUCUCUCCCCUCUAUCUCUCGAGUUGACGAGUGCAGAGUGCAGAGAGAGAAAGCUCGAGCUGGUAGGAUGGGAAAGAAGCUUGACCGUCUUUUGGGCAGAGGCUUCAAGGUCUCCAAGUGCAAGCCCCUCCUCAGCCUCGCCCUCACCCGCCUCACCGUCCUCAAGGCCCAGCGCCAAGCCCGCACCUCCAACUCCCGCUCCGACGUCCUCCACCUCCUCCAGCUCGGCCACCACGAGCGUGCCCUCCUUCGUGUGGAGCAAGUGGUCAGGGAGCAGAACAUGCUGGAUGCGUAUCUCAUGAUGGAAAGCUACUGCAAUCUCUUGAUCGAAAGGGUCAACCUCAUCGAACAAGAAAAGGAGUGUCCUGGUGAGCUAAAGGAGGCAGUCUCCACUCUGAUUUACGCGUCUUCGAGAUGUGGAGAGUUCCCGGAGCUUCUAGAGAUUCGAGCAGUCAUCCAGUCCCAUUUCGGGAAGGAGUUUGUUGCCCGUGCUAUUGAAUUACGGAACAACUGCGGCGUAAACACCAAGAUGAUACAGAAGAUGUCGACUCUCCACCCAAGUUUGGAGAGCAGAACCAAGUUGCUCAGAGAAAUUGCUGCUGAGAAUGGGAUUGUCCUGCAUCUCGAUGACGAUGAACCUUCUGAGGGCAAGAUGGGAAUUAAUUCGAUGUCAGAAUCACCUAAACCUGAAGAGCCAAGCAGUUCGAGAGCUCAAAGACUUGGAGACGAUACAGGGACCUCACUGAACAGAAGGGAAAGCUAUGAAUUAUCUGAUUCCUUCAAGUCAAGGCAGAAGUACAAGGGUGUGGCUGAUGCGGCUCAAGCUGCUUUUGAGUCGGCAGCUUAUGCGGCUGCAGCUGCGAGAGCAGCUGUCGAGCUUUCGCGAUCCAGUGGGCCUGGCAGUCCCAGUGAUCCGAGCAGCCCAAGCUUUCGAAAAGGAGAAAUUGGGUCUGUGAAAACCAACUCUGAACCAGAAAAUCUGGAAUUUGAGAGCAAAGCUCAUGCUCGCUCACUGUCAAGUUCAAGUUUGGUCUCCGAUAAAGAGUUGCAGAUCGAUGCAAAUGAUGAGGUGAAUGAACUGCCGUGUGAACCAGUCACACAGGCAGCAUCUCAGGUAGCUUCUGGGAAGCAGAUCCCAUCAAGGUUCCAAGCUGGUCUUAAUGUGGAAGCAGAUAAUAGUCCAUUGCACCUGAACCUUGAGAAUGGACCGAUCUCAGUGAGGAAUAGGCGGCUCUGGGGCUACUGAUAUGUGUUGAAGUGGACAAUGUUUGUUCUUCUAUGUUUCAUAUUGUGUUUGAGUACUAAGUUGUUGAAGUUGAAGGGGAGGCUUGUUUUUGCUUCAUUUUUGGUGUUCAGUAUGUGUCUGAUAGCAUAUAGUAAUGCCAUAAUGUCGUAUCCGGUAAGAAGGAAGCAGAACUAUUCGGAAUGGAAUAGCCAUACAAGACAGGCUCAUUCUCUUCCAUUACGUUUGCAGUCUUUCUCACCAAAUGCGACAUAAAUCGGCUAGAUUUAUUGAACCGUGGAUAUUUUCGGAAUAUAUGUUCAGAGAUAAUAAGUUGGGCAGAGCAUAGUUAUUGGGCUGCUGAGUUAAAUCAAUGUGAUUUAUUGUAAAUAUCACUCCAUGUACAAAAAUAUUGUAUAUUCGUGUUAUCUUUUCAAUCAUGCGA